CGCGCUCGCGGCCCGUCCACCAUGCACUUGCUGGGCUUCUUCUCUCUGGCGUGUUCCCUGUUCGCCGCCGCGCUGCUCCAGGGUCCGCGCCGGGCGCCCGCCGCCGCCGCCGCCGCCGCCGCCUUCGAGUCGGGACUCGGCUUCUCGGACGCGGAGCCGGACACGGGCGAAGCCAAGGCUUAUGCAGGCAGAGAGCUGGAGGAGCAGCUGCGGUCGGCGUCCAGUGUAGACGAGCUCAUGACUCUGCUCUACCCUGAAUCCUGGAAAAUGUACAAGUGUCAGUUAAGGAAAGGUGGCUGGCAACACAGUAAAGAGCAGGCCAACGCCAAUGCGAGAACAGAAGGGACUCUAAAGUUUGCCGCAGCACACUACAACGCAGAGAUCUUAAAAAGUAUCGAUACUGAGUGGAGGAAGACCCAGUGCGUGCCGCGGGAAGUGUGCGUGGAUGUGGGGAAGGAGUUCGGAGCAGCGACAAACACCUUCUUCAAGCCUCCGUGCGUGUCCGUCUACAGAUGCGGCGGCUGCUGCAACAGCGAGGGCCAGCGGUGCACGAACACCAGCGCCAGCUACCUCAGCAAGGCGUUGUUUGAAAUUACAGUGCCUCUCUCUCAAGGCCCCAAACCAGUAACAAUCAGUUUUGCCAAUCACACUUCCUGCCGAUGCAUGUCUAAGCUGGAUGUUUACAGACAAGUCCAUUCAAUUAUUAGACGUUCCCUGCCAGCAACACUACCACAAUGCCAGGCUGCAAACAAGACCUGCCCCACAGAUUACAUAUGGAAUAAUCACAUCUGCAGAUGCCUGGCUCAGCAAGAUUUCAUUUUUUCCUCUAAUGCUGGAGACGACUCUGCAGACGGAUUCCAUGACAUCUGUGGGCCCAACAAGGAGCUGGAUGAAGAGACCUGUCAGUGCGUCUGCAGAGGGGGGCUUUGGCCUUCCAGCUGUGGACCCCACAAGGAACUGGACAGAAACUCAUGCCAAUGUGUCUGUAAAAACAAACUCUUCCCCAACUCGUGUGCGGCCAACAGAGAAUUUGACGAAAACACAUGCCAGUGCGUAUGUAAAAGAACCUGCCCAAGAAAUCAACCCCUAAACCCUGGAAAAUGUGCCUGUGAAUGUACAGAAACUCCACAGAAAUGCUUCUUGAAAGGAAAGAAGUUUCAGCAUCAAACAUGCAGUUGUUACAGACGACCGUGUACAACUCGAGUGAAGCAUUGUGAGCAGGGACUUUCAUUUAGUGAAGAAGUAUGUCGCUGUGUCCCUUCAUAUUGGAAAAGACCACAUAUGAACUAAGAUUGUAUCUUUUCUAGUUCGUCAUUUUUCUGUCAUGGGAAAACGGUGUUGCCAUGUUAGGACUAUGAGCACAGAGACUUUGUGGGACUGAACCAUGUGGAUAAUGUUACAGAAAUGGACUGGAGCGCAUCUGCAAAAGACCUCUUUAAAAGACUGGUUUUCUGCCAAUGACCAAACAGCUGAGGUUUUUCUCUUGUGAUUUUAAAAAAGAAUAAUGACUAUAUAAUUUAUUUCCACUAAAAAUAUUGUUUCUGCAUCCAUUUUUAUAGCAAUAACAAUUGGUAAAGCUCACUGUGAUCAAUAUUUUUAU